UUGCUCAAAUGGCGACACCCUCUCUACUUUUCUUCUCGGGAGCGUCGCUGCAGCCACAGCUCGCGUGUUAUACAGCUCACAUUGAUCGCUGCAAUACACGCAGGCAUCUUACAGCCAUGCUCGUGGACAACUUUCUGUGGCUACGAAGGGAAAGCUACGGGGGCGGAGCUGCUGCAUGUGUGUUACCGCGCCAAACAGUCCGCCAGCAUUGUUCGAAAUGUACGCGAGUCGGCGCAGCUUCCACGUGCAACGGUUUUGCGUUUGCCUAGACGCGGAAGGGAAAAGCCGCAAAAGCUCGAAGAGGCUCGAGAUUCAUGGCGUCCAACCCCCCGCUGUAAUUGGCCGGCACCGUCUACCUGCUCGUCGUCGUGUAUCUGAAUGCAUCGCGUCCCCCCUUUUUUUUAAUGUCGGUGCCAAGCGCCACCGACUAUACAGCCUGCGUCGUUGAGGACGUGGCCGGGGCCCCACUGAGCGCGCUGCCCGUCAAGGGGAUCGCCGUCAAAGAGUUCGUGCCCGUGCAUCUCACAGGAAGCGCAGGAGCAUCAGUGAAGCCCAUCGGUGCCCAGAACUCACUUGCCAAAGUGAAGAAGGCCUGUUACUUUGAGCACAAUGUGCCCGAUGUACUCGGCGUGGGAGCGGCGGUUCGGAGCAGCUCGCCGGAACCCCGCCGGAGCCCGCGAGAAGACAACGACCGCUCUAGCUCUGUGCACACCCGCUACAUGCAGUUCACCAGCGACGGCAGCCUCCUCACAGAGUCCAGCGCUUUUCGGGAGCAGCGUUCCCUUCAGCGCCUGGCGGCGCACAGCCCGUGUGGUCCUGGUCGAACCGUGCUGCGACGCACCAAGCUUCGUGCUCAGCGGUCGGCCAUGUCCGAGCUGUGGAAGAAGCCCCGGCGCCAGCGGAGCCUCCUGGGCGGCGCGGGCGUGGAUGCCCACGCGCGCUCCGAGCCGCCGCCGCACUGCACGCUGCUGCCCGAAGGCGACGACGAGCUCGCGUCGGCCAACGACGCGAUGUUCGGGGCUCGGCGGAGCCGCUUCCUCCGCGAGGACAUCCAGCCUUGCACCUCGUUUGUCGGCAUCUCCUCGUCCACCGUCGACCACUACUGCUGCAGGGAUCGCGCUUCAAGCAGCUGCCUGCCCGGAGGCACCGCCUCGCUUCGGCGCCUGGAGGGGCCGCCCGCGUCGUCGGAGAGCCGCGUCCGGUGCCAGCUGGACCGCCUGCGGCCCAGCGCGUGUCGCCAGCAGAAGCGGCGCCGCGUGCGAGUCAGCUCGUCGUCGCGCACCGACGACUACGAGGACGACCUGCUUCUCGCCAGGCUCGAGGACCACGCCGCGUGCGCCAAGCUGUCCCUCUCCGAGCUCAGGUGUCCCGCGGGAAAGCUGCGGACCAGCGACAUGUUUGUGGGCGGGGGCCGGCGCUGUCGUUCCACGGACGUGGUGGAAGUGGCGCGCAACGUGGUCAUCUGGGUGCUGGUGCUGAGCGGCACCGCGACCAUCAUGUUCGGCGCGGUGGGCAUCAUCGUGCUGCGCACGGGCUCCGUCAUGUUUCUCAGCUCGGCCGUUGGCUCGGCGCUCACCACGGUCGGCGUCCUGAUGGCCAUCUACUGCACGGACGCCUCCGCGGACCGGGGGCUGCAGCGGAUGAUCAACCACAAGUACAACUACACAUGAGCCCGCGCCUGCCCGCCAGACUUUUUUUCGCGCGGAAGAGCGCGGUUUUUACGCGCUUCACGCGAAUGCUGCAGCCAGAACGGACGUAAUGCGAAACUCGUGGGACCUCGUCGCCGUAUGUGCGACGUUCCCCGAAAUGCGGUAGAAAAAAAUUUCUCACGACGCCGAUGUUGCAUGCACACCAUUUAAACCCACGGCAGUGGGACGGCAGAGAUGUGAUGGUGGCAAAAGAUUCGAACCGAAGCUCUAAACAGCGAAAUUGCGUUUACAAAUGUGCAAAUAAUAUUACGUUAAGAGGCAGUAAUAAAUGGCUAUAAUUGUGCACUCGCAGAAUUAUGAAAACACCCUCGCGGCCACAAGGCAGGCAGUCGGCUGCAAAACCUUACGGGACACGAGAUUUGCGAAAAAGGGGAAUUCCGACGACGCCUGUGCACAUAGUUUCAAAUCCAAAGUUUUGAUCUGUAGUAUUUUUUACGACCUAUUAUACGGGGGUCACACGAUACACUUUCAAUCGCGAUAGAGCAUGAAUGGAAUCGAAUUUCUUGAUCGCGAUUUGUUCCUUCGCAAGCUGUAGAAGUGAGCCAAUCAUGGUUGCGAAAUUCGAUCCCAACUGAACUCGAUCGCGAUCGAAAGUGUAUCACGUGACACCUGUGAUAAAUUAGGAGCGCAACGAUUUAACUAGCAACAUUUGUCGUGGAAACCAUGUCCCGUACAUUUUUAUGUUGUUCUGUAAACUCUCACGCGAUGGCAAAAUGCACUGCUCCUUCGAUAUACAGCGUCUUUCGACAAGAGACCGCCAAAGAUGUCAGAAGGGCAGCAGCGACUUAGAGCUGCACGAUCGGGCACGCACUCCCGCUUUCCCCCUGAAACGUGAGCUAAAAACAAAAGUAAGAGCUAAGUGUAGAACACGCACCACCUGUUACGGUGACUUUAGCGUAGGACUCAUUUUUUUUUUUCGUGAGGUCGUGUCAUAUUUAUGUUUUUCACUUUGCAUAUUUCACACGGGUCACCAAUGUUGUUCGGUUCGUUUUGAGGGCAGCGCUCUCAGGUGCUUCACGCGCUUGCGAUCUAGAACACCAGCUGCGUAACGCGGGUAUGACGGCGAGGAUCUUGUCGGCUAGAGCGCUUAUAGCGGUGCGCCUCAUCCCUGCAAUAAAAUCUGCAAGAGACCGCCUGCUCCAUUACGA